ACAUAAUUGAAGGUUUAUUUGGAUUAUAUUUCACGAGAAGACAGCGUACUGAAAAAUAUUGGCUGUAAAGUGUGGUAUAUGAUUUUUCAUGUCUUCUACAAGAUGGGUGCUAUGUGUUUGUGCGAUAUCAACUUUGACAUAUCUUACCCAAUGCCUUAUCUUAGACGGCGAAAUAGCCACGGAUAGAAAGGAUUGGCAAUUUGUAGCUCGAUUUUGUUUUCGAAAAUCCUUGGCGAAAAUGACGUUUCAUUUUGUGUAUCCAGAAGAUUAUUGCUGCCAAAAUGUUUUGCUCUAUUUUGAUAAUCAAUGGAAAAGGGUUUAUCCACAAAAAAUGAUGAACUGUUCAGAAAAAGAACGUGCUUUGGUACCUGAAUACAAUCAGAAAAUCACUUUAUCAGGAGCUGAUGUGCACAGUGGCUGCUAUAGAGUGAAAUCAAGUGGUGGGAAAUUCAACCUCAAUUGUGGAGGUCGACGUUCUUUCAUUUCUGCACGAGCAAGAUGGUGGUAUAUCGCUGUUAGUAAUUGUAAAAGUAGUAAGGGUUUGAGGUUGAAAUACAAUAUGGUUUUAACUAAUGGGGAAACAUUUUGGAGAAAGCAUUUCUCCGCUGAUGAACAGUACAUAUUGGAAACUGACAUUGUGUUUUUAGUGUCAUUUGUUCUCCUUUCCAUUUUUGCUGGAAUAGAAGCAAAAAUUCUUGCUUCUAGAAAGCUGUUUCACUAUACGUUUAAACUUUUUCUAUGGUCAAUAUUUUGUGAAGUUUUCUCCUUGGUUAUGUACGUUAGUUAUUACACUGAUUACGGAUUGGAUGGAAAGCCAAAUCUUCCAGUUAAAGUUGUUGGUCAAGCUAUGCAUUUUAUUGGGCACAUAGUGUUUCUGAUUAUGUUAAUACUUCUUGCAAAAGGCUGGACCGUAACGAGAGGUCGAAUGAGCUCGAGUGGGCAAGUGAAGCUAUCAGUUUUCUCAACAUUGUAUUGUGUCUGCUUUAUUAUACUUUUUAUAUAUGAACAAGUGAUAUUCGAUCCAGGCAGAGUUCUGUACAUUUACGAGAGUCCUGCUGGAAUUGGUAUUUGUAUACUCCGUGUCGUGGCCUGGUGUUGGUUCUGUUAUGCCACUUUCUUUACACUCAAACAUUUCCCAAAGAAAACGGCAUUUUACUAUCCAUUCUGGUUUAUGUACUCUGGAUGGUUUCUUGUUGGUCCCACCGUUAUUCUUUUUGCCGCAUACGUAAUUGAGGAUUAUCAAAGAGAACAAAUUGUUAACGGUAUCGAGUUCGGAGUAUCCUUUUUAGCCCACGCAAUAUUUUUGGUGCUUACUCGUCCUGCCGCAGCCAACACAAACUUUCCCUUUCACAUGAGAACAUGCCAGAUUGGUAUUUCAAGACCUAAUGAAGAUGAGGUGGCAUCUGGUUACGCCUAUGCACCUGAUAGUUUUGUGGGUGUUUUCACAACGGAUACUUUUGCAAUAUUUCAAUCCUCGAGUCAGCAGGGAUCAAGUAACACUCCGUCGAGUAAAAUAAAUUCCAAUAAUAAUACUCAAAGAAUAGAACGACCUAUUCCUAUGACAACAAUUUCAUCCAACAGUUUUCCAUCAACAACACGAAGUGCAGAGACAGACCCACCACCCUCAUAUAGACAGGCGACAGGACUUCAUGACCCGUAACAUAUCAGUGAAGUUUCAAUACGUAACAGCGGUUCUCCUUGGAGCGGAAUUUCACUUUUAUCUUCAAGACUGGAGUGCUCGUUUCUAGCUUUUUAGCUAAUUAGACGGAAUUUUUUAUUAACUGAACCGAUGUAAAAAUGCGUGAGGCGUCUGUGUGGACGAAUUGUCCACAAUUGUCGAAAAUUGUCGCACGCAAAAAAAUCCCGCCUAGUGGAAAAAGAUCACUAACUGCCUAACAUAAUUUAAUUCAUUGAUUUAAUAAUCUAAAGGCAAAAAAAAAAUUUAAAAAAAAGAUUAUAUCAUCUGGUAUGAUAUAAUCUUGUAUUACUUUAUGUACAUAAUAUGUGAUAAAUGCAAUCAUACAUUUUUUACACUUUAAAAUUGUUUUGUCUUUUUUUUUCACAUCUUUAUUUGGAUUUGCCACUGUAUAUUGUUAUAUUCAUGAAUUGUGUUUCUUUACAUCUAUAUCGUGCUCCUGCCUUCUUGCAUUGUGUGCAGAUGAGAUAUACAUGAUGUUUAAAAGAAUCGUGAUAGAAUUUUACAUACCAUGCAUUAUAUAUAAUUGUGCCAAACAGAGUCAGACUAUUUGUUGAGGGGCAGCUUUUAGAGACCAAUAUGUUUUAUUAAUGUCUACUAGUUGGAAA